CCGCCGCCCGCAAAAAUAACAGCGCCACUAGGCAGUGUUUAGUCAGCCCCAUGAUCUCGUGUGCCUACAGUUUGGUUAUGUUGAUUCCUCUCUAUCCAGCACCAUCACUUUCAUUCUACUUCUGACCUAUAUAACUACUCGAGAUCCCUUCUUAUUAAGGGCAGUUGCGAACGCGUUCUCUCCCUCCACAACUCAAUCCGCCACCGCUUUCCUUGGGAUCUCCGCAGCCAUCUCCUGUCAAGACACCGAUCGCGAGUCCGACUUCUGCUAUUCACUAUUCACACCCUUCUCCUCUCUAUUACAAACCGGAUACAGAAAUAUGGGCGCCUCUCUGUCAAGAAUAUGGAACUUGCUUUGGUCGAAGAAGGAAAUCCGGAUUCUCAUUCUUGGACUCGAUAAUGCCGGAAAGACGACUCUUCUUUAUCGCUUAAAGAUCGGCGAAGUUGUAACGACCAUACCUACUAUUGGUUUCAACGUUGAAUCGGUGACAUAUCGAAAUCUAAAUUUCAAUGUCUGGGAUCUGGGAGGCCAAACAUCGAUUCGUCCAUACUGGCGAUGCUACUAUGCCAAUACUGCUGCGGUCAUCUUCGUUAUCGACUCGACGGAUAUUGAACGGUUGGGGACCGCAGCCGAUGAACUUGCUACUAUGUUGAACGAGGAGGAACUCCGCGAUGCCAACCUUUUGGUAUUUGCCAACAAGCAAGACCAACCGGGUGCCAAGGGCGCUGGCGAGAUCUCAGAAGCCCUGAAGCUUGGAGAGCUGCGGGACCGAAACUGGAGCAUCGUCGCAUGCUCUGCUAUUGAUGGUAAAGGUCUUGACGAAGGCAUGGAUUGGCUGGUGCAAACCAUUCAGUCGGACAACGCAUAAACGCCGGCGUCUUUUGCGUCAUGAUAUAAAUUCACUUCUUCGAUAUACUCAUCUCAGAACCCGCUCGGGGACUCGGGGGUGCCUCCUCUG